AAUGCCGGCAAACAAAACAAGUUCUUGUCUUGUAACCAUCUUUCCAAAUUUCAUUUCACCACGAUAAUACUUGAGUGUAUUUCCAUCAUCGACCUGAACAAAGCAGCUCGUUCUUUUUAUCUACAAGCUGUAUUACUCUCCUUCAAAUUCAAUGGCUGGUGGACUACAUUCUUCGUCUACACAACACGAAAUGACCGAACGCACUGCCAACAUAUAUGUAAAAAGAGCCGCGGACGAGGGAGAGCCUGUUCGUUCAAAACUAACUGACCAGAAUGUCAGCAUCUUGAACUAUCCAGACCCGCUCAAACCUCGACGUCAACUCAAUAGAUGCCCCCAAGAAGUCACCUCUGAUAUGGAAGCACGAUGGCUACAUAUGAUAAAAGAAUCGGAGAAGCGAGCUUGAGCUCUGGUGAAGAACACGGAAUAGGAACACUGGAUGAAGGCUCGAGAGUGGCGAACCUCACGACUGGUUGUAACACAGAGAAACUGGCCGUCUUCGUACCGGGAAACACUUUAUGUACACCGGGUUAACCUUUAAUGAUAAUAAAGCCCUUUGAUAUUUGCG